CUUGGGUACUCCAUGGGAGUGUGUGCAAAGAUUUAGGGCAAAAUGCAAUCGCCGUUGUCAUUUUCAGACGAUUAUGCCUCCGUUUUUCAGCAACAGAUCCGAGCUUUCAGGGAAAAACUGGAUUUGGAGUGCAAGAGUGGAGCGAGGGUUGAGGAUAGGAUCAGUCAACUACCGGAUGGUGUUCUUCGUCACAUACUUUCCUUCGUUCCGACAAAGUAUGCUGUGAGAACCAGCAUAUUGUCUACAAGGUGGAAGGACAUGUGGACUUGUGUUCCCUAUCUGUACUUAACCGACUUACAGUUCUCUUCCUCUGCUGAUUUCAUAGAGUUUGUUGAUCGAGCACUUCUGGUUCGCGAUUCAGCAGCCAUUCAAAAAUUCCAUCUUGAUAUCAAUAAUUGUCAUGCUGAGGAUUUGUCUCGUAUUGAUGGUUGGAUACAAACUGCCGUCAGGUGUAAUGUUGUGGAGCUAGAUCUUUCUGUAUAUUCAGAUGCAGAAGAGAUGCUUGAGUUGCCCGAGAGUCUUUUGACUUGCAAAACACUAGAGGCUUUGAAGCUGCGGUCAAAUAGUAUCAAAAUUCCUACAUCAGGGUGUUGCCCAAAGCUCAAGUUCCUCUAUGUUAAGUUUUCUUAUCCUGAUAAUGACUCCAUGGAUUUUUCUCAGUUCCCUGCGCUUGAAUAUUUGAGAAUAGGUGGAUCACUUGGAUACAAUGGUUUUAGUUUCAACAUCUCUGUGCCAGAACUGAAGAGUUUAAGGAUAAGUUUAGAACCUAGAGAUCUUGGUGAACCGUGGAAUUUUCUCAUAAAUGCCCCAAAACUUGAAAAGCUUGAUGUCAGUGAGGGAUUUUUGUCAAAUUAUACCUUCGAGAGUACAAAAUCUCUAGUUGAAGCCAGUAUUGAUAUCAUUACCUUGGACGAUGAUGAAAGCGAUGCCUCUGCUAGCUAACCGUGCAACUAAGUUUCUGGCUGGAAUUUCCGGUGUUAAAUGUCUGACUCUUUCAUGUCCUUUCUCUAUGGCUUGCUCCAUGCCUGUCUUUGAGAAUUUGAGCAAAUUGACGCUGCUUCGUGAUGGUCACUGGUGGAAAAUUCUAAUGAAGUUUCUUGAUAGAUCACCUAAUAUAGAAUCUUUUGUCAUAAACCAUGAGUCUUGUCCAC